CUUCCAUACGACUAAACAUGGCUGUGCUUCUAGUAAAGAUCGACUCCCCCAUCAUGGCUCCUCUAGUUCUAACCAUGAUGGCCGUCCUCCUGCUUGUCCCUCCCAUCCCUGUCCAGGCCAGCCCGAGGUACGUCCCUGCACUACCCGGCGCCAAACGUGAGAUCAUCAUGGACGGCGACCUGGUGAUCGGUGGCUUGUUCCCCGUACACGAGAAAGGCGAGGGCACGCAGGACUGUGGUAAGAUCAACGAGCAGCGUGGAAUCCAGCGUCUGGAGGCCAUGCUCUUGGCGCUCGAUGAGAUCAACCAGGACAACCGCAUCCUACCAGGCCUUAAGCUGGGUGCCCACAUCCUAGACACGUGCUCCAAGGACACGUACGCGCUGGAGCAGUCGCUCGAGUUUGUCCGCACGUCGCUCACCAAAGUGCACCAACCCGGGUUCAUCUGCCCCGACGGGUCCAACCCCGUGCCGGACGAGGCGCCGCUGGCUAUAUCUGGAGUGAUCGGGGGAUCGUAUAGCGACGUCUCCAUACAGGUGGCCAACCUGCUGCGGCUCUUCCAGAUCCCUCAGAUCAGCUAUGCCUCCACCAGUGCCAAGCUGAGCGACAAAUCACGCUAUGACUACUUUGCGCGAACCGUGCCGCCAGACUUCUACCAGGCAAAAGCUAUUGCUGACAUCCUGCGCUACUUUAACUGGACCUACGUCUCAACAGUGGCCUCAGAGGGUGACUAUGGUGAGACGGGUAUCGACGCUUUCCAGCAGGAAGCACGUGUGCGCCAGAUCUGUAUCGCCACUUCGGUUAAAGUCAGCCGGUCCAUGAAUCGGGGCAAUUACGAGACCGUGAUCCGCUCACUGCAGCAGAAGACCAACGCCAAAGUGGUGAUCCUGUUCACACGCAGCGAGGACGCCAGGGAGCUUCUGGUCGCAGCAGCACGCAUGAAUGUCACCUUUAUCUGGGUGGCGAGCGAUGGCUGGGGGGCGCAGGAGAGUGUGGUGCACGGCAGUGAGAAAGCGGCCAACGGGGCCUUCACCAUCGAGCUCGCCUCCUACUCCAUCCGAGAGUUCGAGGACUACUUCACCAAACUCACUCCAGAGCUCAACACACGCAACCCCUGGUUCAGAGAAUUCUGGGAGCACAAGUUCGGGUGUCGGCUGCACGAGCCGGGCUGCGCCAGACACAGUCUGAGGGAUGGCUCGUUCAAGCAGGAGUCAAAGAUCAUGUUCGUCGUGAACGCCGUCUACGCGAUGGCGCACGCUCUGCAUAACAUGCGGCAGGCCGUGUGCCCCAACACCACACGAGUGUGCGACGCCAUGAAGCCUGGCAACGGCAAAAGGUUCUACCGAGAGUUCAUCCUCAAGACCAAGUUUGAUGCUCCAUUUAGACCUGCUGAUACAGAGAACGUGGUGCGCUUCACCUCUUCGGGUGACUGCUUGGGCCGCUACAACAUCUUCCAUUAUCAGCAAGAGAACGGAAGGUAUGCCUACAGGAAGGUAGGUUACUGGGCCCAAAGUCUGGUUCUUAAUACCAGCACUUUACAUUGGGCCGGAGGACCAGCGCCGACCUCCCAGUGCAGCGACCCUUGCCAUCCCAACGAGGCCAAGAGCAUGCAACCCGGGGACGUUUGCUGCUGGAUCUGCAUCCCCUGCCAAGCCCAUCAGUACCUUCUAGACGAGUUCACCUGUGAGGACUGCGGCUUUGGAGAAUGGCCUUUGGCCAACCUGACUGGCUGUUACGAGCUUCCAGAAGAAUACAUCCACUGGUCAGAUGCCUGGGCUGUAGGACCUGUGACCAUCGCCUGUCUGGGUAUGAUGUGUACCCUGGCCGUGGCUGGAGUUUUUCUACGGCACAACGACACUCCAGUGGUGAAGGCUAGUGGCCGUGAGCUGUCCUACAUCCUCCUGUUGGGGGUUCUCUUGUGCUACGCCAUGACCUUCAUCUACAUUGCUAAGCCGUCGGCAGUUGUCUGUGUCCUGCGACGUCUCGGCCUCGGCACCUCGUUCGCUGUGUGCUACUCCGCCCUGCUCACCAAGACCAAUCGUAUUGCGCGGAUCUUCGGUGGAGUACGAGACGGUGCCCAGCGGCCUCGUUUCAUCAGCCCCGCAUCACAAGUGGCCAUCUGUGGUGUGCUGAUCUCUGCCCAGCUGUUGGUGGCAUUGGUAUGGCUCCUGGUGGAGGCACCAGGUGUCAGGAAGGAAAUGAGUCCCGAGAGGCGUGACGUGGUGACUCUGAAGUGCAACAGUCUGGAUUCCAGCAUGCUGGUGUCACUCACCUACAACUGCAUCCUCAUCGUCCUGUGCACGUUCUACGCCUUCAAGACCAGGAAGUGCCCCGAGAACUUCAACGAGGCCAAGUUCAUCGGGUUCACCAUGUACACCACCUGCAUCAUCUGGCUGGCCUUUCAGCCCAUCUUCUACGUCACCGCAAGUGACUACAGGGUUCAGACAACCACCAUGUGCAUCUCGGUGAGUCUGAGCGGCUCGGUGGUUCUCGGCUGCCUCUUCGCCCCCAAGAUCCACAUCAUACUGUUCCAGCCGCAGAAGAACGUGACGACGCUGAGGGCCAAGGACAACCGGUUCUCCUCGGCCACUACGGCCCCCAGCUCCACCUACUCACACGCUUCAGCCGCGACCGUAGUUCCUACCGUGUGUAAUGGACGAGAGGUAGUGGACUCUACGACUUCAUCGUUGUGAGGGAGGAACCGAGCACGACUGCACACGACUACACCAUCUCCAGUGAUGUCAUGGAUAAAUCUUUUAUCAAUGCCUCUUUCCACCAAGGGUGCUUCUG